AUGAGAGCCGUCGUUCUUGCUGCCAUCUUGAUUGUCGCCACUUUGGCUACCCCUGUGGAUAUUAAGAAGCCUUCCAUCCUCGGUGGAGCUCUCUGUAUCCCAUGUGAGGAUCUCAUCAGAAAUGGUGAGAAUAACGAGAUCGGUGACUUCGACACCUGGUUCGAAAAGGAAACAAACAAAGUCUGUGGUGGACUCGGAAUCUUGAAGGGAGAAUGCAAGGCUUAUUUCAAAUCUAAGGAAAACGAGUUCAAUCACUUCAUCAAAACCAAGGCUGAUCCAGCUGCAUCUUGCAAGGAAAUCGACUUCUGCUAG